AAAUCUGAUAAUGGAAACCGAGGGAAAAUUCCACUAGGCCUAGGUCUACUGAUUUUAAUUUAUUGUAGCAAUAUUAAUAUGUAAAUGGUGACAGUGACAGUCGAGUGUUUUUUCUGUAGUAUAUCUAUUAAAAUCUAUCCUAGUAUAUCCGACUAUUUCGUGUUCCGUAUUGACCAAUUGACCGUUGGCCCACCUCGCCAGUGUACAGAUGAUGGAACUGGAAGACUGUGUUGAGGAGGAAGACGAGUCCUGGAGCAGACCUAUAGCAGGUUUUACUCAGGCAAGCACGCAGAUUUCUAGAUGGAAUCAACAAAAGGGUUCAAAGGAGAGAGAUCAAAUAACUGAUGCACAGCCUCUCCACAGAAGGACCGUUAUCCACAUUGAUGUGGAUUGUUUUUAUGCGCAAGUGGAAAUGAUCAGGAAUCCCACACUGAGAGACAAACCUUUGGGAAUACAACAGAAGAACAUAGUAGUGACAUGUAAUUACAUUGCCAGGAAGUUUGGUGUGACUAAGCUCAUGUACUUAAAGGAUGCAAAGGAGAAAUGCCCUCAGCUAGUUCUAGUUAGUGGAGAGGAUCUGACUAAUUACAGAGAAAUGUCUUAUAAGAUAUCAGAAUUUCUACUUAAGUACACACCAUAUGUAGAGAGACUUGGAAUGGAUGAAAAUUAUUUAGAUGUAACAGAUUUGGUGGAACAAAGAACAGAUUUUCCUUCAAAAGUUGCUGGUCAUAUAUUUGGAGACACAGAUGGAGACCUAGUGGAAGACAUUUGUCCCUGUGGUUGCUACGAGAGGAUUUUGAUUGGUUCCCACAUCGCAGAAGAGAUUCGUGCAGCAUUGCACAAAGAAGUUGGGGUGACCUGCUGUGCUGGUAUUGCACACAACAAACUGUUAGCUAAACUUGCUGGAGAACAACACAAGCCAAAUCAACAGACAUCACUUUUUUCACAUCAUGUUGAAACUUUCAUGGCUAAACUUCCAAAAGCAAGAAGUAUUCCAGGUGUUGGUUCAGCCACUGCUAAGAGACUUUCUGAAUUUGGUGUGGUCACCAUGACAGACCUACAACAGUGCCCUCUAGAGGAUCUGAGGAAAGAACUAGGAGACAGUAUGGCUGCCACUAUCAAACAGCUGAGCCAAGGGAUAGAUGACACUCCCAUCAUUCCUUACAGCAAACCACAGACUUUAAGUGAUGAAGAUUCCUUCAAAAAUUGCUGCUCUGUUAAAGAAGCCAGUCAGAAAGUGAAGGAAUUAUUGAGGAGUUUAAUGACUAGGCUUGUAGAAGAUGGGCGCAUUGCAGGAACAGUUAGACUGACCAUUCGCAGGCUGAGCGCAGAAAACAAGUACACUAACAGGGAAUCCAAGCAAUGUAAUAUUCCCAGUCAUAUCAUCUCUAAAUUGACUAAAGAAAACCAAGAACAACCCUGUGAUAAAAUGCAAGGUAUUGUGAUGCUUCUCUUCAACAAACUGGUGGAUGUCAAGAAGCCUUUUCAUCUAACUCUUAUCAACAUAGCAUUCUGUAAUCUCACAGAAAGAAACAAAAACUCUAUCAGUCAUUUCUUUUCUCCCAAAAAGGAUAGAAACAGUGAAGUGUAUUUGAGCAGUGACAGCAACAGACACGACAGUCUUGAUAGAUCAGAUGUAUGUCCAGAGAUUCAGUCCUUCAAUCAAACACGGGAAAACUGCUCAUCUUCUGGCCAUGCAACCACAUGCAACUCGUACACCAAUCUGAUAAGCUGUGACUCAAGAAAAGCCAAUAGCGCAUGUCUGAUGAAAACUCAUUCUUCACAAAAUACAGUCACAUCUGUUUGCCCUGUGAAUGAAAAUGACAAUGCAAGUUGUUCAUCAAACAAACGAAAAUCUUUGUCUUCACAGUCUGGCUUUUUCAGCAAGAGAUUUAAGAGGACUACCAGAGAAUCACCUCAGAUUCUGAAUUCUAAUCACAUUGAUUCAGAAGUUUUCUCUCAGCUUCCACCAGACAUCCAGAAAGAAAUAUUCCAGGCCAAUUCUGAUUUAAAAUUGAGUGCUGAUAUUGCUGUGGAACAGAAAACUUGUAGUCUGAAGGAUGACAUUAAUGCAACUUUUCAAAGGGAUUCUCCUGAAGAAAAAAGGUGCAACACUGAAACUUUGAAUGAGAAGUCAGAAGAAAGCAGGUUGUGUAAAAGUGAUUCCACUGACUUCAAAUCUAGUGUUAAAGUGACAGAGGCAACUGAGUCUUCAUUUGUUCCAGCAGGGUAUGACAGAGAAGUUUUCUUGAGCUUGCCUGCAGACAUUCAAAGAGAGCUCUUAAAGGAGGAAAAAAACAAAGCAGAAUGGGCUUAUGUUAAACAAGUGAAAAGUAGUGGUAGAUAUCAAACUAAAGAUGCAAAAACUUCUAAAUCAGGAAAUCUUCUAAGUUUCUUUAAAAGGAGCAAGUAGAAAAGCUGGACUGGGAAUAGAAGAUUUCAAGGGGAAUAACUCAAAUGACUGUCUUAGAGUUUUAUGUUUACAACCAGCUUAAAACACUGCGGCCUUAUUUGGGUUUAACAUUUAUAGGUAAUACCUAUAUGAUUGUUUGGUUUGAAAGUGAUUUUAUUGGUUUGAAAGUGAUUUUAUAUACUGAUCAAAGUAUUCAUGUUAAAUGUUUUCUGAAUAAAUACGAUUACUAGA